CCGACCCUCUCCCCACCGCAUCCCUCGCCGCUCUGCCGGCUCCCCUGUGCCGCGGGCGGGCAGUGGUACAGCCCUGCCUGCAGCGCCCGCAGCUCGGGGACGCUGCUGGAAGCCGAAGGCAGCGGCUGCGGGGGCUGCGGGAGCCGCAUCCAGCCCCACACCGGCCGGGAGAAGGGCUGGAAGGGACCCCGCGCCCAGCUCGGUCCCGAUCCAGGGCCAGGCAGCAGCCAUGACCCAGGGGAAGCUCUCUGUGAACAACAAACCCCCCAGCUCUGAGGGGCAGGGGGACAAGAAGGACAAUGCCACCGCCCCCCCGGCUCCCCCAUCCUACGAGGAGGCGACAGCGGGAGAAGGGAUGAAAUCCGGGGCUUUUCCUGCCCCUCCCGCGGCCCCGCUCCACCCCAGCUGGGCUUACGUGGAUCCCAGCAGCAGCCCGAGCUACGGCAGCGGGGGGUACCCGGGGGACACGGAGCUGCUCACGACCUUCAGCUGGGACGACCGCAACGUGCGCAGGGUGUUCAUCAGGAAGGUUUACGCCAUCCUCAUGGUCCAGCUCCUGGUCACCGUUGUCAUCGUGGCUUUCUUCACCUUCUGUGAACCAGUCAAGGGCUACAUCCAGACCCACUCUGCCUGGUACUGGGCUUCCUACGCCGUUUUCUUCGUCACCUACCUGAUCCUCGCCUGCUGCUCUGGGCCCAGGAGAUACUUCCCAUGGAAUCUGAUCCUGCUCAGCAUCUUUACCCUGUCCAUGGCCUAUCUCACUGCCAUGCUCUCCAGUUACUACAACACCAAGUCGGUGCUGCUGUGCCUGGGGAUCACAGCCCUGGUCUGUCUGUCUGUCACCAUCUUCAGCUUCCAGAGCAAGUUUGACUUCACCUCGUACCAGGGCGUGCUCUUCGUGCUGCUCAUGGUGCUGUUCCUGGGGGGGCUGGUCCUGGCUGUCAUCCUGCCCUACCAAUAUGUCCCGUGGCUCCACGCGAUCUACGCUCUGCUCGGGGCUGGGAUCUUCACCAUGUUCCUGGCCCUGGACACGCAGAUGCUGAUGGGGAACCGCCGGUACUCACUGAGCCCCGAGGAAUACAUCUUUGGAGCCCUCAACAUCUACCUGGACAUCAUCUAUAUCUUCUCCUUCUUCCUGCAGUUCUUUGGCUCCAGCCAGGAGUGAGGGCAGCGGGGCAGGAUGCUCCCUGUGCUGGCAAACGUGAGGGGUUCAAUUGAAAAGCAGAGGUGAAAGGGUUCAAACCCUCCAGCCUGACCCAAUCCCUCCCUUUCUGGUCCAUCCAACGCACUGAGGAGCCCCAGACCCCUCCUGCAGCUUUGUACAUUUGCUGCCAGGCCUUUGUGACCCAGAGAGCAAAGCAGGGCUUCAGUGUCGUGUCCCUUCUGCUCCCCCCAGUCCCGCCCAGCCCAAACCAGUCCAGAGGCUGGGGCAGGAGACUGGGACCUUCCUGGCCUCCGGGGCUGCUGGAGGUGCCCUCUGAGUGCUGCCCAUCAUGGGGUGAAAGUGCUGUGACAAAACAACAGUGAGGGCAGCAGAGCAGGGAUUUUGGUUAGGGAAAAGGGAAAAACCUUGGGGAAUCCUUGCAUUGCCCUGUUUCCCACAAUCCAUUGGAGCUUGGUGGCCUCUGUGCUAUUCCUGGUGACUCCUGCUGUUGGAAACGUGGAGUGUGGGAUCACGUAGCUGGAUUUCAGUGCUCCAGGCACAGGGAACCUGUUUGUUCAGGACGUGCAGCUCUCUGAGGUCAUCCCUGGUGCCACUGCAGGAAAAAUUCCCCUGGAUCCUUUGCAUCCAGCUGAGUGUCCUUCCCUUCCCUUCCCUUCCCUUCCCUUCCCUUCCCUUCCCUUCCCUUCCCUUCCCUUCCCUUCCCUUCCCUUCCCUUCCCUUCCCUUCCCUUCCCUUCCCUUCCCUUCCCUUCCCUUCCCUUCCCUUCCCUUCCCUUCCCUUCCCUUCCCUUCCCUUCCCUUCCCUUCCCUUCCCUUCCCUUCCCUUCCCGGAUCCAUGGGUCCCACCCAGGGGAGUGUGCUGGCUCUCUCUGGAGUGUGGCUCCUCAUGGAGGGGUUUGGGAUCCCAGGGAAGGAAUAUUGCCAAGAAAUGGCAGAGAAGAGAUGGAGGAGGAUGGGUUUCCAUGCUGGGAAAUGCCAUUCCAUGUGGGAAAUGGGCUGGGAUCCUGUGACCCACCCUGAGGCUCUGCCACCCCCACAGAACUCUCUUGCUUGCUCCAAAUGAGCGUUCCUAAGGGGUUCUUUCCAGGGGCUGAGGCCAUUGGAGCAGCGAUGUUCCCUCUCCCUGGCUGUUUUCCAUUUCUCCUCUCCCAAACGGGAAUGUCAGCGCGGGCUCUGGAUGUGCUCGGGUAACUUUCCACCGCGGCCCCGCUCACAUUCCCUGUUUGGGGCUCAGCUGGCUGAUCUGGGGCUGUAAAGCUCCCCGGGGAGAUAAGGGGCCUUUUGCUCUCAUUCCAAGAGUGAUCCUUCCUGCAGAUAGGACCUGGUAUCUCCCAUCUCGCUGGGAAUGCCGGCGAGUGCGUCAGGGAGCUGCCUCCAGCAAUUCCUGCUGCAGAGAGGCUCUGCCAGAACGUGGAACGUUCCUGCUCCUUCUGCCCUGGGUUUU